AUGGAACGAGUCAAGCCGACAGCAUCGCAGACCGCCACUCGGAAGCUCCUUCGGGCACGGUCCUCGCAGCGCAGCCGUCUGCAGUGGCCCCUCCUCCGCGCCCUGGCGGCGGCGCUGGUCUACCUAGCCACUGCCACGGGGGCUGCGGCGGCCAGCACGACACCGACGGCAAGGCCGCGACUGAACGGCAGCAGCAGCAGCCAGCAACGGGGAGGGGCUCGCCCCGCCGCCGCCACCACCGCCGCCGCCGCCGCAAGCAGCAGUGGUGGUGUUCCUAGAGGCCGCCAUCAAGAGCGACGGCAGCAGUCGGGAACCAGACAGGGUGGUAGCAGUGGGUGGGUGGGGCCGUCACCGUCAUAUUGGGGUAGCCGCGGCGGCGGCGGCGGCGGCGGCGGCGGUGGCGGCGGCGGCAGUGGUGGCCGACGUACGGGCUCAAGGAGACACGCCGCCGCCGCUGCUGCUGCACUCUCAUCGUCAAGAGGAGGAGGCUUGGCGUUCCUGCCGAUGAUCUCCGGGCUUGGGGCGCAGCGGGAGCGCCGAGAGCAUCAGCGGUCUUGUCUCCCCCUCCUUUGCGCGUUGAGGACGGAAGCAGCGGCGGCGGCAGCUGGAAGGCGGCGGGUGUGGAGGCCCCGGCGGGGAGCGGCGGCGGUGGCAACACGGGCGUUGACGGAGGACGGGGAAGCGUCGGCGACGGCGGGCGGGGCGGGGGCGGGGGCGGCAGGAGGAGGGGGGGCGGCGAAGUUGACAAUGAGGAGACGGCAAAGGAGAAGCUCCGGGAAGGACCUCGGCGACUGGAGGCCGUCGCUGUACAUGAGGGAGGGGUUGUUCCAGGCUCUACCGUUCCCUGUUCGCAUCACCGUCAUGGGGGGAGGCAACUUUGGCCUUGCUCUCAGCCUCGUGCUAGCUAGAAAUCAGAUCCCGACGACGCUGUUGGUGAGGUCGGACUCCGUAGCGGAGCACGUCAACAAGCACAACGAGCACCCCAACUAUCUCAAGGGCAUCAAGCUUCCGCAGCAUAUUGUGGCCACCGCAGACCCAAAGGAGGCGUUAAGGGACGCGACCUUCGUAAUACACGCGGUGCCGGUGCAGUACACGAGGAAAUUCUUGGAGAACGUUGUGCCGCACAUGCCGGCAGGGACGCCAAUACUGUCUGUCUCCAAGGGGAUCGAGACCUCGUCUCUGAUGCUGAUGAACGACAUCCUUAAGGACCUCUGCGGCACGGAGCGUUCGUACGCUUUCCUCAGCGGGCCUUCGUUCGCGCGAGAGAUAGCGAUGAACCAAGCCACGGCGGUGGUGAUCGCGAGCGACGACUCCUGCCUCGCAAACGACAUGGCCAAGGUGCUGUCCUCGCCAACGUUCCGGUGCUUCACCUCGAAGGAUGUCGUGGGCGUGGAGGUGGGCGGAGCCGUCAAGAACGUGAUCGCUCUGGCCGCCGGCAUGUGCGAGGGGCUCGGCUUGGGCACGAACGCCAUGGCAGGCCUCGUGACCCGCGGGUGCGGCGAGAUGCGUCGGCUGGCCAUCAUCCUGGGGGGAAAGUCGCGCACCCUGUCGGGCUUGAGCGGCGUGGGCGACACGUUCGGCACCUGCUUCGGCCCGCUUAGCCGCAACCGGAACUUCGGCAUCCGCCUUGGGAAGGGGGAGAGCAUGGAGGAAAUCCUCGCCAGCAGCACGGAGGUUGCGGAAGGCGUGGACACGGCUCUGGCACUGGCGGACCUGAUCCGAAAGACCGACAAGUCUUACCGCAUCGACCUCAAAUACGCCAUCAUAUUCGGAGUGGCGGAAAUCUUGAAGGGGACCCGAUUUCCGAAGGAGGGCCUGGAAGACCUCAUGACCAUGCCGCUCAAGGCCGAGAUGUACGACCCGUGACACUUCGCGAUCGCCGCCGCGCCGCACCCCUCGCCGAGGAAGAGCCAGCCAGAGCCGAUGGCCCGAGAUAGAUGGAUGUCCAACACAACUCUUGUGCGCAUGAUAUGACGCUCUUCCGACAAUAGGACAGGUGUUGUAGUGGAAGGACUUCUUUAAGCUUAGAGGAGAAGUGAGAAGGAGUGGAUGUUUCCGACAGUAGGACACGGGGUAAGGUGAUGGAAGAGGACACGAUGUGAUGGGAGAGGACACGGUAUCCCAAGAGUCGCAAGGCCAGGGGGGAGAGCUUUGGGCGAAACCGCCAGAAUAUGGGACGGUCGGUUGUUCAACACAAAAUGUGCUUUGUUGGGGGGGGGGGGUAGGGCGUACCGAGAGAGAUACAAGAAUCACACGUCUGUGGCAAGAUGGCCAACCUUCGCUUUGCCCCCUCCACUAGAGCAACUUCUCGGGGCGUACACAUCCGCUGCCUCGUAGAUGUGCAGUCGCUGAUAGAAACGUUCAAGUAGACCCGCGUUGUUGCUUUGCAGCAUCGUAUGCAUAAGUACUCGUGCAACAGAACGAGCGGAGAGUUAUUUUUGUUUGCUUUGAGUGUUGUUGAUCCAAGCAUGCCGAGCGGCUUGGUAAGGUCGUUG